AUGGGUCCUGAUCAACAUGCUCAACUUGACGGCUUCAGUCUUUUCCUCCCUUUCCCCUAUCGGGUGGCAGUAAUACUGGUUGCUGGAUUCUGGGGUUGGGGUGCUAACCUUCAAUAUCUCUCUCGGGCGAAUAUUGAUCUACCGGCCCUCAUCCGUUAUCCCGCCCGUCAAACUCCUCAACAACCUCCUCACCAUACUUCUACUUACCGGCUCGCAACCCUUUUGACGGCCCCUCUUCUGUUCUCCCUCCUUAUCUUCUGGGUGUUUACCCACGGCUCUGCUGAGCGAGUGGAGUCAUUAGACUUCAUUCCGCAAUCGUAUCUAUUUAUAUUCUUCAUUCUACUCGUUCUGCCCGUCAACCGUUUGUCACGGUCUGGACGAAGUCGGUUUCUUAGGUCUUUGCGGCGCAUUAGUGUGGGAGGAUUGGCGCAGCCUCAAGAUGGUAAAUUUGGAGACAUACUGCUGGCAGAUGCUCUUACCAGCUACGCCAAAAUCUUGGGGGACCUCUAUGUUACAUUCUGCAUGUUCUUCACUCCGGAUAUUUCGAGCACCUCGAAACCGAAUCGCAGUUGUGGAAACGAUUAUGUGGUCCCCAUCAUCAUCGCACUCCCCAGCAUGAUCCGACUGCGGCAGUGUCUAACUGAAUAUCUUCGUGUGCACCGGGCGGGUCAAAUAGGGGAAAAUAAAGGAACACAGCACCUGGCAAACGCUUUGAAAUAUGCCACUGCAUUCCCCGUUAUUAUUCUUGCCGCCAAGCUUAGGAAUUACAAUCCUUUGGAGUUCUAUGAGUUCAGCGAAAUGAGCGUUUCCCGGCUGCUCACCUUCUUCACUUUCAUCAACUCUACGUACUCCUUUUACUGGGACAUAAGCAAGGAUUGGGAUUUGACUCUCUUCACUUCUUCUCGCGCCGAUCCGGACUGUCCUUAUGGCCUGCGCCGCCAUCGAUUCUUCGCUGAUCGGCUCUACUAUGCCGCAGUUCUUGCUGACCUACUCAUUCGAUUUUCUUGGGUCACUCGGUUCUUACCGGGCUUUGUCUGGCUUAGCGAGAAGGAGUGUGGCAUCUUCCUGCUCAUGGCCUUGGAAGUCGCCAGAAGAUGGAUGUGGGUCUUUUUCCGAGCAGAAGCAGAAAUGAUCAGAAACAGUCGUGAUCCAGUCAUGGGCGACAUCCUUCUCGGCGAGUUCAACCGCAAACUGGACUCCGACUGA